GUGCGAGAAAUGAGAGAAAAAAUAAAGAAAACACCUCGGAUAUGAGUGGUAGGAGUAGAAAGAAUCUUAGCUGUAUCCAAGUAAAAACACACUAGCAUUAUAUCAUCAUCUGCUGGUGAAAGAUCUACUGUAGUGCCCAGCAGUAGUAGUCGUUGCAGCACAAAGAAAGUUUUCACCAUUUCACACCCUCUUCAACUCUUUCUCUCUAAUCUCAUCAUUCAAAUUAGUCACAGGCAGGCAGCUCUAUCCUAGUCCCCGUUUACACCAACACAGCAGUUAAAGAAAAAUGGCACAUUCUUGGUUCUAGAGGGCGGCAGUCCCCACAGCUCAGACCACUGCAUUUACUCUACCUCUCUCAUCAACAUCAUCUCUCUCUCGUCUCUCUCAAAAUGCAAAUGCAAAUGCAAAUGCAAACGCAAACCCACCUCAUCUUCCUCCUUCUCUUCCUUGUCCUCUCCUCCUCCACCACCACCGCCCACCCUCAACAACACCGCCGUAUUCUCCACCAGCCAUUCUUCCCACAAGACUCCAUCCCACCAUCGCAACCCCCUAACCUCCCUUCUACGACGACGACGACGACCACUCCUCCAGCUGACCAGCUCCCCUUCUUCCCAACCUACCCUUCACCCCCACCCCCACCGACACCAACCACCACCACCACAUCCUCCUCCGUCCCGGCCAACGUCUCAUCCCUCUCCCUCCCAAGACCCUCCUCUCCAAAACCCAUCUCCAAAAAACUCAUCUUCACCGCCGUCGCCGCCGUCAUUGCCGCCAUCUCCGUGGUGGCCGUCGUCAUCCUCCUCCACAUCCGUAAGCGUCAAAAUCAAAACUUGCCAAACACCCACCAAAAACCACAAACACCCAGUAAUCUCAGCUCAGUUUCAAGCAUACCCACGAACCCAAUCCCUAGAAUACCUCCCCGGAAAUCACCUCAAACCAGCUCCGAGUUCCUCUACUUAGGCACUCUCGCAAACACCAACAUCUCGAAUAACACCAACACUCAACACAGCAAUGACACUAGUUCCAGAAAGAUGGAAUCACCGGACUUGCAACCACUGCCGCCACUCAAACUCAGCGGCCAACAACCCCAGCAACAGAACUUCCAAAAUGCGGACUAUUCAGGCCCUCUCAUUGCAGAUGAAGAAGACGAAAACGAUGAAUUUUACUCUCCCAAAGGCUCAAUCGGUACUGGAUCAAGAAGGACGUUGUACGAGCCUAAGAGUUUCCAAGACGAGAGAAGAGAAAUUGAAUCCACCACUUCAUCUUCAACCUCUUAUACCCCUUCCGAUUCGGGUGGUUCGCCGGUGAGGUCUGUUUCUUUGAGCAUUUCUCCUCCGGCAAGUUUAAGUCCUAAACACUUUUCAACAACCAAAUCACCUGAAUUGACUCCGCUUCAAAUGAAGGAUCUGAGUGAUGUAUCAUCACAAGCUUCUGAAUUAUCAUCCGUAGAUCGAGUGACCAGUACAUUACAUCCACAGCAUCUUGGUUUCACGGCUGCAUCUUCACCAGUUUCUUCGUCACCCGAAAGAUACAUUAGUGAAAGUCAGGCUUCAUCACCAACAGCAUCUCAUGUAUCUUCACCAGCUUCUUCUCAUCGCCCUUCCUCCUCACCUGCUAGAAUUCACAAUUUUGCGGAUGCUCCAUCAUUGCCUCCACCACCACCACCACCCCUACCACCGACAAGACAAUCUGAAAGUCCGAAAACCCCUGGUACUAAAAUGGCUCAGCCCGUGUUGAGGCCACCGGUCCUGGCUGCCCCUUCUCGGCCUGUGACUUUAGCCACUCCAGCACUGAUAUCUCCCAUAGAAAUGCCCCCUCAAAGCACUGACAAUGUGGAUGAAGACACUCCUAAAUUGAAGUUAAAGCCAUUGCAUUGGGAUAAAGUCAGAGCAAGUUCUGAUCGUGAAACUGUGUGGGAUCACCUUAGAUCAAGUUCUUUCAAGUUGAAUGAGGAAAUGAUGGAGACAUUGUUUGUUGUGAAUAAACCGACUCCUACUGUAACUCCCAAUGAAACAACUUGGCGUCCAGUUCUUCCCUCAUCAGGGCAAGAAAAUCGUGUACUGGAUCCGAAGAAGUCCCAGAAUGUUGCCAUUUUGCUAAGGGCCCUUAAUGUCACAAUAGAGGAAGUGUGUGAAGCUCUUCUGGAAGGCAAUGCUGAUAACCUCGGAACUGAGCUUCUUGAAAGUCUAUUGAAGAUGGCUCCUACCAAGGAGGAAGAACGUAAGCUGAAAGAAUAUAAAGACGACUCGCCUUUCAAACUUGGUCCCGCUGAGAAAUUUUUGAAGUCAAUGCUUGAUAUACCUUUCGCAUUUAGAAGGGUUGAGGCUAUGCUUUACGUGUCCAAUUUUGAUUCUGAGGUCGAGUACCUCAAAAAGUCAUUUGAAACACUGGAGGCCGCAUGUGAAGAGCUUAGGACCAGCAGGAUGUUUCUAAAGCUUUUGGAAGCUGUUCUUAAAACCGGAAACCGCAUGAAUGUUGGUACAAAUCGUGGUGAUGCCCAGGCUUUUAAGCUUGAUACUCUCCUUAAGCUCGUCGAUAUAAAGGGUGCAGAUGGAAAAACAACUCUUUUGCAUUUUGUGGUCCAGGAAAUAAUAAGAACUGAAGGUGCUCGACUUUCUAAUGCCAACCAAACUGUACAACCGACUUCUGCUGAUGAUGCCAAGUUGAGGAAGCUUGGUCUGCAGGUCGUUUCAAGUAUCAGCUUGGACCUUACAAAUGUAAAGAAAGCUGCAUCCAUGGAUUCUGAGGUGCUUAGCGGAGAUGUCUUGAAGCUUUCUAGAGGAAUUGGAAAAAUAGCAGAAAUCGUCCGGAUGAUUCAGGCUUUAGAAUCUGAUGAGAACAGUCGAGGAUUUUCUAAAUCAAUGGGCAAUUUUGUAAAAAUGGCAGAGGAGGAGAUCAUAAGAACUCAAGCUCAAGAAAGUGUUGCACUUUCUUUGGUAAAAGAGAUCACAGAAUACUUCCAUGGGAACUCCGCCAAGGAAGAAGCUCACCCUUUCAGAAUAUUCUUGGUCGUUAGGGACUUUUUAACGAUUCUUGAUCGUGUUUGCAAGGAAGUAGGAUUGAUAAAUGAGCGAACAAUAGUCAGUUCUGCCCACAAAUUCCCAGUACCCGUGAAUCCAACCAUGCCUCCGGGUUUUGCCGGGUUUUCAGAAAGGAGGCAGUACGAUUCUUCUUCUGACGAAAGUUCAUCUCCUUAGUGGUUACAAGUCGUAGGAUAGGAGGAGCCUUUUUAGGAUGGUCUCCUGCCAAAAUAUAGGUAAAUGUAAUCUUAUUGCUUUGUUGUUUGUCUCCUUGUAUUUAUAUAGAUCCAUAUAAAAGAUUUUGAAAAUUGUAGUUACCAUCAAUAUAUAUAGAGGAAAUUUGUUGCUAUGGA